GUAAGUUUUUAUUUUUAUCAAAAUCAUACUGCCAAGCCUUCUUAUGAUUUUUAUUUUUUUCAUUAUCAUACCAUUUUGUUGAGCAUUGUUAAAUCAUUUAAUUAAUUUACAGACAAAACAAUUAAUAACAAAUAAAGAGUAAACAAUAAGCCAACAAAAAUGUUUGCAAGUGGACCAAAUUAUACAAAAUUAAAAACAAAUUUACGACUUGCAAUAAAUAGAUUAAAAUUGCUGGAAAAAAAGAAAACAGAAUUGGCACAAAAAGCAAGAAAAGAAAUUGCUGAUUACAUUGGAGCUGGAAAAGUUGAAAGAGCCAGAAUUCGUGUUGAACAUAUUAUCAGAGAGGAUUACAUGGUUGAAGCUAUGGAAUUAUUGGAAAUGUAUUGUGACUUGUUGCUUGCUAGAUUUGGAUUGAUUCAACAAAUGAAAAACCUAGAUGAUGGACUUGCUGAAGCAAUAUCAACAAUAAUCUGGGCAGCACCAAGACUUCAAGCUGAUGUUCAAGAAAUGAAAGUCAUUGGUGAUAUUUUAACAUCAAAAUAUGGUAAACAAUAUACUGAUGCAUGCAGAGAAGAAGCCAUUCCAACAAUAUCUGAAAAAUUAAAACACAAAAUGAGUGUUCAAUCACCAGCAAAAAUGUUGGUUGAAAAUUAUUUAAUUGAAAUUGCUAAAAAUUAUAAUGUUGAUUAUGAACCUGAUCCACAAGUUAUGGCUGAAGAAAAAGAUACAAAUUUAAUUGAAAUUGGUAAUAGUGGAGAUUUACCAAAUAACUUGGAUCUUGGUGGAGGAGCAAGUGGUGGAGGUAAUCCACAACCACUUGGUUUUGUUGGAUUUCCACAAGCUCCAUUGCUUCCACAACCUCUGUCAAAUCAAAAUGCAAUGGGAGGUGGAAGAAACAGCAAUGGACUUGCAAUGGGAUUUAUUCCACCAGGUGUUAAAGAUUCUGAGAAAGAUCAAAAUGUUCCAUUCAAUCCAGCUGCAUUUUCUUACAAUAUUCCUCUGGAUAAUGCCAACUCAAACAACAUUGAGAGUGAUUUGCCGCCACCUUACUCUUCUUUUCCACCAGACAUUAACAAACAAUCAAAUAAUAAGCCAAAACCACAACCAAGAUCAAAAGUUACAAUGAAUGAUUAUCAACUACCAGAAUUACCAGCAGUUCCAACUGAUGAUGACACACCUGGAACGACUGAUAAAAAUGAUGAUAUAGACUUUGAUGAUCUCAUGAAAAGAUUCGAGGAUUUAAAAAAAAGGAAGUAACUUUUUUUUUGUUGAUUACUUUGUUCUUUUUUUUUUUCUAUUGUGAUUUAAUAUUCUUCCAAAAUUAGUAAUCAAGUUUUUUUUUUUUUUUUCGUUAUAUAUUUUGCUAAUAUAAUAAUAUUAUUAUCAAUUAAAUUUACAUACGUUAGUGCCUUUAUCAAUUAUUUAAUUUAAUCGUGAAUUUUUUGCAAAAUUAAUUAAUUAAAUUUGCAAAUAAAAAUACUAAAGUAAAUACCUAAUAAACGUAAUGUUUUUUUUCAAAUAUCCCUAUUUGAAAAUAAAAAUAAGUACAUGAAAAAAAUAUUCAUUGAUAUUUAGUAGUUUUCGUCCCAAUCUUCACAACCCUGAAAAAAGUAAGAAAAUAAAAAUUCAUAAAAUUUCAAAUAAUUAA